AAAUUAUAUAAAUCGACAAAUAGAUCCUUUAAUACUUAGUUCAUUGUCAUUUUUGUGAAAAUGUACGCGUUGGUGAAGUGUUGUCUUGUGUUGUUAGUUGCAACUGCAGCUUACAGCUUCGCUCUUGGACCCCAAGAUGUGGUUUUCCAUCUUUUCACGAGAGGGAAUCCUGAACUGAGCGAGCCUUUCCUUCCGACCGUCGAAUCCAUCGAGACCACAGAACACUUUGCCCUCAACAAACGCACCAUCUUCACAGUCCACGGCCACAGUGACUCUGCUGGAGGCAAUGCCAACGCUUUCCUAAUUCCCGCACAUCUUUCCUCUGAAGAUGUAAAUGUGAUCGCUGUUGACUGGAGCCCUGGCGCCGGAUUUUAUAGCGAAGGUCUCGGCAAUGCUCCACAAGUCGGCCAGGUCAUCGCCACCUUCAUCAACAUACUUAUCGAGACCUUCGGUUACGACGCUGAACUUAUCAGGAUCGUAGGUAUCGGUCUUGGAGGUCAUAUCGCCGGCAUUGCUGCCAGGAAAACCAAUUCAGUAAUCCCUCACAUUGUUGCUAUCGACCCAACUCUCAUCGGGUGGACACAUCACACUGAGAAGUUGAAUCCACGUUCGGCCCGUGUCGUGGAGGUGCUGCACGCAACCGCUGGUUUACUAGGCUACGACUAUCCUCUGGGGACCAUCGACUUCUACCCUAAUGGAGGCACCGUCCAAACUGGCUGCGGUUUUGACACCAGCUGCUCUCACACCCUCGCGUAUGCAUUCUAUGCAGAGUCUUUGACUUCUGAAGUGAAUGGAGGAGAACGCUUUAUUGGCACCAAGUGCGAAGACUAUGAGCAAGCCACCAGACUAGAGUGUAACGGAGACAGAGAUGCCAACUUUGGAGGAACUGAUGUAAAGACUACCGAGACCGGUAUCUACACGUUCAUCACCAACCUAUCGCCGCCGUUCGCCAGAGGCUAAACAUAAUGAACAGAAGCAAUUAUAACAUUAAAAACAAUUUAAUAAAGUUUCGGUCCAUCGGCACUUAAAAAAUA